AUUAGAGUCAAGGAGUGUAAAUGAGUGUAAACUCCAAAACUUUAGUUUUUUUUUUUUUUUUUUUUUGGCUUUUUAAGAGAACAAAGUGUUGUUUAAGAAGAGGUGAAAUCCCCCUACAGGCUGUUUACUGUUUGUGGGUUGACUGCCUCUGUUUGGCUUAAGCUGGUUAAUGAGCAGCUCGGAGGAAGCUGCCACUGCUGCUGGAGCUCAGGUUACCUUUCACAAGGCUAGCCGAUUCUUAGCGUGACAUUUACCAGCAGACCUGAGAGCGGAAAACAGGGAGUAAAAUCACACCAUGCUACCUGACAAGGACGGUCCAGUCAUUGGAGGGGGUCAGGGCUCCCCCGAAGGAGAGGACCCCUCUGUGGCUCUGUUCAGGGAAUACCUUCGUCUUAAAACCGUCCACCCUGCCCCUGACUAUGAUUCUGCUCUCAGGUUCUUGGACAGAAUAGCCGAGGAGCUGGAGCUUCCCAUGAAAAAGAUUGAGGUCUGUCCAGGCAGAGUUGUAUCUAUCAUGACAUGGGAAGGGACGAAACCCACCCUAAAAUCCGUCUUACUGAACUCCCACACAGAUGUUGUACCUGUUUACCAGGAGCACUGGAAAUACGAUGCUUUCAGUGCUAUGAAAGAUGCUGAGGGUAACAUUUUUGCCCGUGGAUCUCAGGACAUGAAAUGUGUGACUAUACAAUACAUUCAGGCGGUCAGAAGACUGAAGGCGCAGGGAUGGAAACCGACACGCACUGUGCAUUUAAUGUUUGUUCCUGAUGAAGAAGUUGGAGGCCAUAAGGGAAUGGAAACAUUUGUGACGCAUCCAGAGUUUCAAAAGUUAAACAUCGGCUUUUCUCUGGAUGAAGGUCUGGCCAAUCCUGGUGAGGCUUUCACUGUGUUUUAUGGAGAAAGGAACCCCUGGUGGAUUACUGUCCGCUGCCCGGGAAGUCCUGGUCAUGGCUCUAGGUUUGUGGAAAACACAGCUGCAGAAAAACUUCGACAAGUCAUCAACUCUUUUCUGGACUUCAGAGAGAAGGAGAAACACCGGUUAAACACCAGUGAGUGUUUCACACUGGGAGACGUCACCACUGUGAAUAUGACCAUGGUUAAAGGCGGUGUGGCCUACAAUGUCAUUCCAGCUGAAAUGGAUGUCAGCUUCGACUUAAGAAUCCCACCCACAGUAAACCUCCAGGAGUUUGAAAAGCAGAUCAAGCAGUGGUGUAAAGAUGCAGGAGAUGAUGUCACGUAUGAGUUUGCUCAGAAACACAUGAACCAGAACCUCACAUCCACUGCUGAGAACGAUCCCUGGUGGAGCGCAUUCAGUGCCGCCUGCAAGUCAUUUUGCGAGUUGGCGAGGAACAGUUUUAUUUAUUCAUCACAGUGCCUGGAAAUGCUUUGCAUUUGUUAUGCAUCAUACCAUCAUCUCUACUGCAGGAAUAUGACUUUGGAAAAGGAGAUAUUCCCAGCUGCCACCGACAGCCGUUUCAUCAGAGCAGUGGGUAUCCCUGCCAUUGGCUUUUCUCCAAUGAACAGGACCCCCAUUCUGCUGCACGAUCAUAACGAACACCUGAAUGAGCUAGUCUUCCUGAACGGCAUCGGCGUGUACGAGAGGCUCAUCCCAGCUCUGACUGCCGUUCCUGUCUCACCUGACGAGGCUUAGUCGAUCUUUAAUCCUCACUGAAACACUUUUCACUGGCUAUAUGAAUAUUUAACUUGAGGAAUUUGCAGAGAUUACCAAAGAAUAACAACAUGUAUAUGAUUAAGCCAAACUGAGCACUUAAACUUUGACAUUUCUUAAUUUUGGAUUAUUCUCAGGUAGUUUUGAAUUACAUCAAAUUCUAUCAGAUCCAUAUCAUCCUAAAGAAAAAAUCACCUAUUGUGCUAAAGAUUGUUUUCACUUGUAUAACCGUUAUGUGAUGAAGAUCACACAUUUAUUUAAUUGUAAAUGAUUGUUCAACAAAUACAAUCUUGUUUAAUAAACAAUAGAAUAAUGAAGA